GUUUCUCAUCUUUCAUCAAAUUUCUCUCAUCUACCAAAUCCCCAUUGAACGCGAUAUAGUCAUAUCAUUUAUAUCCUCGAAGCAAUUUGAUUCGACAUUCGAUGAAUGAGAAGGAGCAGGGCUGUUGUAGAAAGGGUGCAUGAGUGAUGAAAUACUAGGUGACGAUGUCAAAUCACCAAUCUCAAGGUCCCGGAAAUGGACCUCCAAGUGCUGGAAUGUCGAUGCAACAUCAAUCUGGAGGUCAAGCACCUUCAUCGCAGGGCCAAAAUCUGUCGCAACAGAAUUUGAAUCAAAUUGUCAUCGAGUAUCUUGUCAAGAAGGGAUACAACAGAACUGAACAAACUCUCCGUGCCGAGUCGGCUCAUGUCGACAAGGACGGUAGACCUCUCCAAGACAGACCGGACGAGCACGGUUAUGGGAAAUACGCGAAGGCCUACACUCUCAUUCGUGACUGGGCCGAGGGCAAUCUGGAUGUAUACAAAUUCGAAUGCCGCCGCUUGUUAUGGCCCAUGUUUGUGUAUUCCUAUCUUGAGCUCAUCAUUCAUGACGGAUCCAGCGAGGGCGAGAAAUUCUUCACCGCCUUCAGUUCCUCAUUUGAAAAGGUCCACGGCGAUGAACUCCGAACCCUUGAGACCAUCAAACUCCAACAACAUGUCUUCGACAAUUCUUUGACCAAACUUUACCGAAACAAUAAAUACAGAAUUCCACUUAAUACUCAUGUUUACUUCGGGCUUACAACAUUCCUAGAGCAGAAGGACACCCCCGUCGAUGGUGGCAGGACGAUUCUCUACCUCUUGCAAAGCUACUGCGAACUUCGAGAGACACAACGCGGACCGCUUGAUCAAUUCAGCUUCGACGCCAUUGUAAACAAGACACGAGCUCAGAACGUUGACGACUUGGAUUUGCAAGAAGGUAUUGAGGGCGCUUUCACUGGAGUGAGCAAUAAGGACAUCAUGGAUAAUACGACGCCAUUAAAGCUUGGCUUGAUGGCAAUGGAGCAUGAUCUCGCUUCAGACGUCCGAGCCGAGCUUGAAGAUGAGGAUAUCAAAAACCCACCCCACUCCGGAAAAUCUACGCUAGUCGAAGAAUUCGAUCACACCAUCAAGAGGGAAGAUAGCACAGACGCACCAUCUCGCAGCGAAAUUCCUCUACCGCCAUCACGAGCUCGCGACGUUAUGAUGGAGGUUCAGAAGAUCAAGGAAUACAGAGAUCGAUUCAAGAUCGAAGGUCGUACGGGUGGAGUAGGACCGGGAAUCUCCGUAUGCAUGUGGACUUUCCACAAUUCCAUGGACUCCAUCACUUGCAUUGAGUUCUCCGAUGAUACCAACCUUGUAGCCUGUGGAACCGAGGAAUCAUACAUUCGUGUUUGGCAUGCUCAUGGUGAAGUUCUGCAUUCCAGCCUUGCUGGUGAACCGUCAACCUCGCGUCGUCUCAUCGGUCACUCAGGUCCGGUCUACAACGUGUCUUUCUCUCCAUCAAUUGAAAGUCCUGAAGAUGCCGGUUCCCCGACUCCCUCUACCGCCCCCCAACUCCUCCUCUCUGCAUCUGCCGAUAAGACAGUUCGUCUUUGGUCCCUGACCUCCUGGACUUGCUUGGUGGUCUUCAAAGGCCACGAGGGACCUGUUUGGAAUGUCAGAUGGGGCCCACACGGUCAUUACUUUGCCACCUGUGGCUGGGACAAGACCCUUCGAGUUUGGGCUCAAGAUCACAUCUCUUAUCUUCGCUUGAUGGUCGGUCACGACACUAGCGUCAAUCAGAUUGCUUGGCACCCCAACGGAGCAUACGUCUUCUCUGCCAGUGAUCAAGCCGACAAGACAGUUCGUAUGUGGUCAUUCGUUACUGGUGAUUGUGUCCGUGUAUUCUCUGGCCAUACCGAUAUGAUCAGUGCUUUGGAGUGCAGUCCAAGCGGAAAGAUUCUUGCUUCUGCCGAUAAUACCGGAUGCAUCAUUCUCUGGGACCUUGCCAAGGGUACCAUGAUCAAGCGUUGCAGAGGUCAUGGCAAAGGUGGCGUUCAUUCUCUUACCUUCAGCGUCGAGUCAACGGUUCUAGUUUCCGGUGGAUCUGACGGCACCGUUCGUGUCUGGGAUGUGAAGCUUCCUACCGAUCCUCAUCCAACUGGUGACGGAGAUACUCUACCUACCAAUGCCGCAAAUGAUGCAGCUCGCAUCACCAACGGUACAGCCUCGGGCACUCAACCAAAUGCUAAUGCUGCUACCGCAGCUGGAAGCAAGAAAAAGGGCAAGGACACGACGAUCACUCCUGAUCAGAUCAGUGCGUUCCCGACUAAGAAAUCUCCUGUCUACAAGGUUAAGUUUACUCGUAUGAACUUGGUCAUGGCCGGCGGUCUCAACUUGGGUUAAGCGGUUGUCUGAGCCUCCUUUUGGGGGGCGACUUGGGUUGUGGAGCUUGGAGUUGGAGUGGUUUCCGAAUUGCAAAAAUGGUGAUGGCAGUUUGCGAGAAGACUGCUUCUCUUACACUCUGGGUACAUAUGUCAUCGACGUUGCAUGCAUGGGAGGAUAUUAUGGCGUACAGCAGUGCGGGAAAUCAGAAUACCAAGGUUCACUAGUCGUACUCGAUUCUCUGCGCACAAAAUAAAGAUUCUUCAUUGCAUACCUCUAUCUUUGUGGUCCG